AUGCCAGAGUCGUAUCGGCGGAAGCGAAAAGCCCUGAGCUGUGAAGAUUGCCGACACUCCAAAUUACGGUGUGAUCGCAAGCAACCCUGUAGCUCUUGCAAGCGCCGUGGACGUGAAGCGUCCUGCUCAUUCUGGGCCACUCCUAGUGUCGCGAGCGCUUCCACCAAUGCUCAUCGAACACCACCCAGGCCUCGGGCGUUAGACGUGCCACGGGUGAAUCCUACCACAUCUCAGUCCGACCCAUCCAGGCAAGAAAUUCCUGGUCGCUCGGGCAUUCAACUCGAGCCUGUAAGGCCCGGAGAAGAUCGAGAUAUUCCAGAUAGCCACUGGGAAACAGUACUUGAACGACCAGUUCCUGAACCCGAUCCAGUGGCGGUGCCCGAUACCGCCUCUGCGUUUCCACUUGGUCUAGGCAUGACACUCAAGUCUAUUAUCGAAAAUCUACCGCCCCGGAAUUGCUGUGACUACUUGGUGUCUCAUUUUUUUAUUCACAUCUCCGCUUUAUUUCCAAUUCUUCAUGGCCCGACAUUCCAGAAGCAAUACACUGCCUUCAUGCAACAGCCCGAUAAGGUCGAUCUUUCCUGGUUGGCUUUGCUAUUUACCAUGUGCUCUUUAAUACUAAACACCAUGGAGCCGAGCGAUCCCAGGCUGGCAGAAUUAUGGUCAAACAAGUCUCACUGCCAGGAACAGGAGAUUGUGGCCAAGUCACGUCAGCUUCAGCAAAUCGCAAUGAUUUGUCUUUCACAGGAUCAAUUCUUUAUCCGACACAAACUCAGCACAUUCGAAGCUUUGCUGAUGGUUGUCUACAAUCUUUCCCACAACGAGUCUGUCGAUCAAGGGUGGGCCUUGCUAGGAAUGGCAUUGAACAUUGGCAUCGCGCUACGGUGCAACAUUGAUUCUCAGGAUUAUAACCCCAUCGAGAGAGAAAGACGCCGGCGUUGCUGGGCGGGUCUUUUGUCCCUUCAUACAUACCAAGUGAUCCUUUUCCGAGACGUCGACAUGACGUUCCUUCUUGAGAUUAAAUCCACUCUGCCCGCGGAUGUCAACGACUCUGAUAUCACGGAAGAAGGAGUUGGUGAAGCCUCAAGCAAGCCCACACAGAUGUCUGUGAUGAUGUUCAAAGUUCGUCUUUUCCGGCUUUCCACCAAGAUAUGUCACCAUAUAUCCAGUGCCUCACGUUUUGAGGUCGCAUCAUUGAACAAGUUUGACGCGGCGAUAACAGAGGAGCAAAGACUAUGGGACUCGACAUAUUUGAAAGACGGAUCGCCUAGUAUCCUGGAUUCCACCUAUUCUCAUUGGUGUCUCUUACAAACGUAUGCGCAUCACCUGUACCUUCUUCUACAUCGACCUUUUCAUCACUCCCAAUCCCCGAACUUCAUAUCUAGCUCUAGAGACAGAUGCAUCUCCUCUGGUCUCGCUUUGGUCGUUCUCCAUCGACAACUCUACGAAGUUCCACUGCUUCGACAUAUUCUCUGGCUGCUAAAUGGUGUGGCGAGCUUAAAAGCUCUCCACGCCGCUGUGGCACUCAAUUCCUGCCUCCUUGAUAUGCCACCAUCCUUUGAGUCUGAACCUUACCGGGUGGAGCUGGACAAGCUCGCUCUCCGCAUGGAGGAUCUCUCGAAUCGAAGUGCAAUAUGCCGGAAGGCGCACCGGAUACUUCGCCACCUACAAGCCCAGUCUGGUAUAGAAAACCCACAACCGUCGAAUCCGGAGACGCUGUUUGAAAGCACCUUUGAAGACUGGACCGAUAUGCGAGAAUGGUUCGACGCUGACCUUUUUAACUGGGUACUGCAGAACUCUCCAACCUUCUACCUCUAUCGACGCUAA